GUUUUUCAAAAGAAGUGGAGGCAACAUGAAGAAUCAUUUGCUUUUCUGGGGAGUCCUGGCCAUUUUUGUUAAAGCUGUUCUUGUGACAGCUGAAGACAAAGAUGAAGGCACUGUUCUUGUUGACAACAAAUGUAAGUGUGCCCGGGUUACUUCCAGAAUCAUCCGUUCUGAAGAAGAUCCUAGCCAGGAUAUUGUGGAAAGAAACAUCCGAAUUAUUGUUCCUCUGAACAACAGGGAGAAUAUCUCUGAUCCCAACUCACCACUGAGGACCAAAUUUGUGUACCAUUUGUCUGACCUCUGUAAGAAAUGUGAUCCCGUGGAAGUGGAGCUGGACAAUCAGGUGGUUAUUGCCACUCAGAGCAAUAUCUGUGAUGAAGACAGUGAGACCUGCUAUACUUAUGACAGAAACAAGUGCUACACUAAUACGGUCCCACUGACCUAUGGUGGGAAGACCAAAAUGGUGACAACGGCCCUGACACCGGACUCUUGCUAUCCUGAUUAG